AUGUUUGAAAUAGUACCCAGAUCUGAUGCUUCCUCAUUUCAAGUCGGUUACUUGGGUGCGGAGGGGCUAGAUGCAUGGCUUAUUGGGGACGUGUUAACAAAAUUGGACCUGCCUAUGUCUGAAGUUGUUUGUUUUGAACGUUGUACCGUAUAUUGGUCUGCUAUUGAGUCUGUCCAGAAUAAAGGAGACCUGGUGCUAUACCAUGACGAGUGUGUCGUAUGGAAUAGGAAUCAUGAUUCGCACACUCUGAUACCCUCUGUAAUCCCGUUCCAGUUUGAACUUACUAGUGAUUUACCGCAGUGUUCACACAUGCCUGAGAGUCGUAUUUCAUACAAGAUUGUUGCCCGAUUACACCAUCGUCUUGGUCAUGAUAUAUUUACCUGCGCCCCAUUUCACCCACGACGAUAUAUUAAAGCUGGUUGGAGCACAUUAGAGACAUAUGCUAAUAUCGGCAAACAGAAAGGAGUUAUCUUCAAUGGUGACGCUGAAUACUCUUUUGAUCCAAUUCAAUGGGUUUGCUCAGAUACAAUGCAAGCAUUUUUUUGGCUUGAACGCAACAUCAUUCGGCACGUGGAUCCUAUCCGCGUGCAAGUGCAUAUUCCACCACCAUCCGGUUCUCUUGUUGUGGAAAAGGGGCUUCAGUUACAAAGUGUGGAAGCCACACUCAAUCGCAUCAUACAGUCACAUGCAUGGGGUCGUUUGUAUUCUGACGUCGAGCUCUUACAUCACCUCUCUGAACAAGAUAAGCUAGGGAGUGUUCCUGUGACUUCAAAGCCACACAGAGAUUCCCAAAGUUCCUUACCACGCCUUUAUCAGCACCUGGUUGUAUUUACUGGAAAAUCAUGUCGAUUCCAUUCUCAACGUCCAAUACAUAUAUGUUUAUCUUUGCAUCCGGGCAGCAUUUUGGGCAGUGUCUCGGCUGAGGGCGAUGCAUUCGACAUGCACUCGACUAGUCACGGAUUAGGUGAUAAUACGAUCUGUGAAUCUAUUACGCAAGAUACAGUGCUUCAGAAGGUUCGAUUCGUUCUUACAAUCCGGAUCGUAAUACGCAAUGAGAUGGGAGAGCAUAAAGACAUCGUCACCCGGAAACUGGUAAAAGUACUGCCCAGUCCAGCAGGGCCUCUCACCAUGCAAAUGGAGAAAGUCGCUCAAAGUGAGUCUCAUGAAAAGUCCUAUGUGCAAAUUAGAGACAAUAUGAUACCCCAGCAAGAUGCAGACGUAUUCGAUACCCCUCAAGAGUAUGAUGGCUACGAUGACUUGGUCCCAGAAAGCAGCUCUAUGCGUGCAAUCACACUCACAAAUCCAGGUAUGAUUUCACAAUUGGAACUAGCUACUUUGCCCAUUGAGUACUGUGAAACCGCUUUAGAAGAACCUCCUCCCAACAUUCACGAGCAUGUAAAUGACACUCAUGUCCCUGAUUACAUUCAUUUAACUCCAACUCCCUCAUCGCACCAGCAUGAAGUUGGUAUGGAUGCAACGAUGGAUCCAUGCGAUGAAGAACUGCCUAACUUUGACGAAGCAUCGUUCCAGCCCCAAUCACCCCUAACAAUGGCAGUGCAAGAAUGGAACACGAGAGAAGACUAUACGGCACCGCCGUCGCUCCCUGAAGAAGGGCCUCCGUUUACGCUUGCUACAAAUUUGGUAUCAAAUCGAAGACAUGAAGACGACUCACAAUCUCUUCCGCCAUCGUAUACGGACUCUACCAACCUCAGCUCGACGCAAAGAAGAGAUCGUUCGUCGUCGCCCGUCGAUGUAUCCGAGCUAUUGCCCCCUGCUUAUGUAGCUCAGACCCCUGUUACAGACCGUCAUCAGCAAGAUAAUGUCUUUCCACCGCUUUACGAAGCGUGA